GAGGGUAAGAGGGAGGGAGGAGGCGCCAUGGCCGCCGCUAUCACCGACAUGGCCGACCUGGAGGAGCUCUCCCGCCUGAGUCCUCUGCCCCCCGGCAGUCCCGAACCCGCGACGCGGAGCCGGGCCGAGCCCUCUGGGGAGGAGGAGGAAGAAGAGGAAGAUGAGGAGGAGGAAGAAGAGGAGACAGAAGCACAAGCAGUGGCAGAGCUGCUACUGAACGGCGACGGCGGGGGUGGGGGCGGCGGCGGCGGCGGCGGCGGCGGGGGCGAGGCGGAGACGAUGUCUGAGCCGAGCCCAGAGAGCGCCAGCCAGGCCGGGGAAGACGAGGACGAGGAAGAAGAGGAGGAGGAGGACGAAAGCAGCAGCAGCAGCGGGGGCGGCGAGGAGGAGAGCAGCGCCGAGAGCCUGGUGGGCAGCGGCAGCAGCAGCGACGAGACCCGCUCCCUCAGCCCCGGCGCGGCCAGCAGCAGCAGCGGCGAUGGAGACGGCAAGGAGGGCCUGGAAGAGCCCAAGGGACCGCGGGGCGGCCAGGGCAGCUGCGGCGUCGGCGGCGGAGGCGGCAGCGGCGGUGGCGGAGGCGGCGGCAGCAGCAGCAGCAGCAGCGUUGUCUCCAGCGCCGGGGACGAGGGCUACGGGACCGGGGGAGGCGGAAGCAGCGCUACCUCGGUGGGCAGGAGAGGCAGCCUGGAGGUGUCCUCGGACGGGGAGCCCCUGAGCCGCAUGGACUCGGAGGACAGCAUAAGCAGUACUAUAAUGGAUGUAGACAGCACAAUUUCCAGUGGGCGUUCAACUCCUGCAAUGAUGAAUGGACAAGGAAGCACUACUUCUUCAAGCAAAAACAUUGCCUAUAACUGUUGUUGGGACCAGUGCCAGACUUGCUUCAACUCUAGUCCAGAUCUGGCAGAUCACAUUCGUUCCAUACAUGUAGAUGGUCAGCGAGGAGGGGUAUUUGUUUGCCUAUGGAAAGGUUGUAAAGUAUACAACACUCCUUCAACCAGUCAAAGUUGGUUACAAAGACAUAUGCUGACACAUAGUGGAGACAAACCUUUCAAGUGUGUUGUUGGUGGUUGCAAUGCCAGCUUUGCAUCUCAGGGAGGGCUAGCUCGUCAUGUACCCACACACUUUAGUCAGCAGAAUUCUUCAAAAGUUGCCAGCCAGCCAAAGGCCAAAGAGGAAUCUCCUUCUAAAGCUGGAAUGAACAAGCGGAGGAAGUUAAAGAAUAAAAGACGACGCUCAUUACCACGACCCCAUGACUUCUUUGAUGCACAGACACUGGAUGCAAUACGACACCGAGCCAUAUGCUUUAAUCUCUCAGCCCAUAUAGAAAGUUUAGGAAAGGGACACAGUGUUGUUUUUCAUAGUACUGUAAUAGCCAAGAGAAAAGAAGAUUCUGGAAAAAUAAAACUGCUGCUUCAUUGGAUGCCAGAAGAUAUUUUGCCUGAUGUGUGGGUAAAUGAAAGUGAACGACAUCAACUAAAAACUAAAGUAGUUCAUUUAUCAAAGCUACCCAAAGACACUGCCUUGCUUUUGGACCCAAACAUAUACAGAAAUUCUAGUAAAAGAAGUACAUACAGUGGAAUCCUGAAAGAUCACUUCUGUUAAGAUCACAUACUGAACAAUGCCACAGAAGAGGUUGAAGAGGUAAAAAUAAUAAUAAAUAAAUAAAGCAAACAAACGGGGGAUACUAUCCUACAGUCUUAGUCACUGACAAUGGGUUUAGGAAUAAAGUUGCACAUUAGAGUCAACCCCUUCCUUUUUUCUCCUCCCUCCCCCAGUAUUUAGAUAAUAUUUAUGCUUAGUGUAAACAUUCUGUGAAUGAAGUAGAUGCUUCUGUGGAAUGUAUUAAUAUAUUACUGUAUAUCCACAUUUUCAUGGAAUGGUACAGUGGGAGACUGAGCAACCACUCUUCUGGCAACUUAGUGGAACAACUUCUUAAAAGCUUUGCAUGCUUGCUGCUUUAAGCUGCUUUUCUUUAGUGAUUCCAGUAGUUUAUAUUUGAAAAACAUUAUUCAAUUUGUGCCCUUAACAAAUUUCAAAAGCACUCUAAGAAUGUUUGUUUCUACAGUGUUCAUUGAUUUAAACUCGAUUAAGAUAUUAAGACAAUGAAAAUUAUCAGGAGAUAAUUUUAAUUUUCAAUUAUGAUUAAUAGAUGUGAUUGGUUGCCAUUUGUGUUCUUUUGCAGAACUCUGAUAAGAAAAGUAUUCAAUUUGUAUUUAAGCAAACAGUGAACGUCAUUUGCAAUCAACCAAAAAUUUCAUCUAUCGAAUUAGGGCUGAAACUUAAACUGUUAAGAGUGUUGCAGUAUGUCUGGUGACUCCCUUUUCAGGAUUAGGGCUUUCUCAUGGAGUACAGUAUGUUAAUAUUUGCUUACAUAAUGAAUCUGUUACGGUUUUUGAAAAACCUAUAUUUCAGAAUUUUUGAAUACUCUUGAUGUUUUCAAUUUAAGACCGAUUUUUUUUCAUGAGAAAAGCAAUUGAUUUUUUUCUUUUGAUGUAAGAAAAAAAAUUGUUUUUUUUUUUUUACAUAUCUGGAAAUUGAAUUCUUUAUGCACCAAAGUUGGUUUGGGAAAAUAAAAUAAAUCACUUUCUUGCUUAUUAAGCAAGAAGCCAUAUGGAUUUUUUUUAAACUUAAAGAAAUAGAAAAUUGUGUAACUUGUUAGUCUUGUAUGGAGACAAAAAUGUUGCAUAGAGAUAAUAGAACGUUGCUUGUAAAUAAUUCAGCAGAUUUGUAAUAUAUUUUUAUAUUAUGAAAUGUACUGUAGAUGUUUUUCUAGAGGCAUGAAAGUUAAAAUGUAUAUAUUAUGGUAGAAAUAAUAUUGAAGGAUAUUGUAAUUCACUAGUGCUGCCAGAAGAAUUGUUAAUAAAGCACCUUCCUUAACAAUAAAUGUCUUUUGGAGACUUAAGGGACUAUGUACUACUGUUAAUAUCUGUUGUAAGAAUGAAAUACAUUGAACAUCCUUCCAGAAGUCUUUGAGGGAUGAACAGUAACCAUAAUAGAAUUAUGGCACUCAUUUCCGACAGUGACCGUGAAAUCAAUUAUUUCCUUACUGUUGGAAGGACCUAUUGUAAAGUAUGUUGUAAUGUGCAGUCAAACUGCACAAAAUCCUCCUAAUUGAGGAGUCUUCACUUUACUACAGUAAAUAUAAAAACCAGCAGUUUUUACACUAAAUUUUUUUAAAGAAGAGACAAAAGUUUAGAAUUAACCCUUUGGUUCCAAGAUGAGAAUUUUCAUGAUAACACAGUGCAUUUUGCAUUUACAUAAUUUUUUUAAAAAAAUUAAAAAAAAAAAAUAAACAUGAGAGGCCUUCUUGGUUCCAA